AUGCAUGCAAUUGACGCAAAUCUGGCCGUCCCCAGUCGCUCGUCUUCUCCAAAGCGACUCAGUACUCUCCGACUCAUGUCCAAGUGGUGUCGAUCCUCGGCCCAUGAGUCGGCCGUCGCCUCCGCCGGCUCGAGCCUCGCCAGCCGUUGCACUUCAAGGGUCCUGGCUCGAGUCCCGGCGAGUACCCCAUUUUGCCGGCCCUGCAGCCUCAGCACUCAGCCCUGCUCCGCUCCUGCCGGCCUGCUCACCUUCGCGGAGUCUCAUCUGCCCGCAGCCGGGGGCUACUCGAAUCUGAGUCUGUCGUCGACAGAGAGUGCCGCCCACCGGGGCUUCGGGGGCCUGAGCUCGAGUCCCGUCUGCCAGGAGUGUCUCAAGGCGAGGCUGGGCUCUGCCGUGCUCGACUCGGCUCGAUCGGCCGAACCGGAGUCGGCCAAGCCGUCGGAGGCGGAUGAAGAGGUUGAGGCCGUCAGGCUGGUCGAGGCUCCGGUACGAGAGAAUUACGCUCUCGGACGGUGUGACGAGGCCUGCGACGCCUGGCGGCAGCUGGAGCGGCGACGGCCGAAGCCGGGCAAGUCCGUCGGUUGCCAGGCGACCGAGGAGAUGGCCAAGUCGGAGGGGAGCCUGUUUCGCGACGUCCAAAUGACGCUUGGCAGCGGGCUUUGCCUCGAGCCGGGCCACUUGCCGCCGAUCUCAGAACUGCGCUGCCCGUCGCGUCUGCCCCAGCCUCUUCGAAGCGACGGGAGCAGACGAAGUGAAGAUGAAACGGAAGAUGUCUGUCACGGGACUCUCGGCCAGGCCUGGCGCGAUGAGGCACAAAGCGACGGCCGAUUGUACGCCCUUCGAAGUGAGACUAGUCGGCCACUUGCGAUGAGUGUUUGGCUCACCGCCAUUUUGAGUGAGGGUCCGAUGUGA